UCACUCUCUCCCCUCGCACCGCAGCUUCUCCAAUCCGUCACUUUCCCCAUCCCUCCCGCGAAAAGCAGACAGACGCCCACAACCCACCACCACGUCUAGGGUUCCGCCGCUCCUCCGGCCGCCGCCGCCGCCGCCGCCGACCCCCCUCGAUCUCCUCCCCGAGCCGCCAUAGGUGGUGGCGGGGGCGGGGGAGCUAGCAUCCGUCCGUCAACGCACAUCGUCACUGCUGCUUCCUGAAAUCUGCCACCAUGUCCGACAUGGAGUCCAUGGCUACACUUAUGGAGUCCACAGGCUCCAAGCUGCAGCAGCUUCAGCGUGCAUUUGCAGAGCUCGAGAGCCAGAGCGCUGUUUCCUUGAACUUAAAGUGGAAGCAACUGGAGGACCAUUUCCAUGGGCUUGAGCAGUCGCUCAAGAAAAAGUUUGAUGAUCUGAAAAGGCAGGAAGAGGAGUUCGAGGAGACGGUUGCAAAGUCAGAGCAGAUGCUGGAGCAACAAGAGGCUGUUGUCGUGGCAAAGGAACUGACUUCUCUUGAAAAACUGCAGCAGAAAAGGGAUGCCGCGUUGGCUGUGAUCUUUGGCAAGUCCAAGCUGAACUUGUCUACGCCUCUUAUCAACCCAAUCAGCAAAUCCGUGAAUAACAAUGCUGUGUUUAAUGGAAACAUCGGUGGUAGUCUUUCUGUUAAGUGGCCCAAACCUGCAACUGCGCAUGGUGCAUACCUGCAAGAUGAAAACACUGCUGUGAAGCCUCGUUCUCAACUUGUUGUCCUCUGUGAAGAGAUGAAUGUUAACGGGCUUCAUAAGUUCAUAUCAGACAAUCGCAAAGACUUAACAUCCAUCCGUGAGGAAAUCCCCGUUGCACUUAGGGGAGCAACUGAUCCAUAUGGCUUGGUGUUAGCUUCUCUAGAAGACUUCUAUUUUGGAGACAAUCUUAUAUUGGAUGGCAAAAAGGAUGGAAACCUUCUGGGUGUACGGAGGACGUGCCUCAUGUUGAUGGAAUCACUUGCUCAGCUGCAAACUGAUGCUACUACUGGUUUCAUAUCGGAAGGUCAAGUGCUUACUGCAAGUAUCAAGGAGCGUGCAAAAAAGAUUGCUCUUGAGUGGAAAUCCAAGUUGGAUAGCCUUGACUUUGAUGCUAGCAAUGGGAACUGCCUGGAAGCACAUGCGUUUCUUCAACUCCUGGCUACCUUUGGUAUAUUUGCUGAAUUUGCACAAGAUGAGCUGUGUAAGCUACUUCCCUCAGUCAGUCGUCGUCGUCAGACACCUGAGCUUUGUAGAAUACUUGGAUUGUCCCAGAACAUGCCAGGUGUCAUUGGAGUUCUGGUUGAAAAUGGGAGAACUAUUGAUGCAAUUAAUUUGGCUUAUGCAUUUGAGCUGACUAAUCAGUUUGAACCGGUGGAAUUACUGAAAGCCUAUCUACAGGAGGUCAAGAGUGUGCCACAUUUCAAGACUGGAAAGAUAUCUCUGCAAGUACAGAAUGAAAUGAAUGAACGAGAGCUGUCUGCCUUGAAAGCUGCUAUUAAGUGUAUCGAGGAGCACAAACUUGAUGAGAAAUAUCCGAUUGACCUGCUUCAGAAAAGAGUUAUCCAGCUAGAGAAAGCUAAGGCAGACAAGAGGAGGGCUGUUGAAGCUGCAAAGCCACAGUCUAAGAGGCCUCGUGCCAAUGGAUCCGUAUAUGCGCCACAUACUAGCUUUCCUGACAAAAGCUUCUACCAGGCUGCUCCGCCGCAGAGGCAUUCCUACCCUUACGAGAGGCAGUAUGUGUAUGGUGCUGAGGCCCAUCACCAUCCCACAAUGAUAAGCUCAGCUCCCUAUGGCAUCUCACCUGCCCACACAACAUAUUAUGGUAAUGGCUAUCAGGUUCAGUACCAGGUACCAUAUAUCCACUGAUGGAGAGAGCGUAAUGUGCUCUUUCCUAACUAUGUACUAGCUUUUAACCUGCUGCUACUAUGUGCUGUAGUUGUAUCAAUCCACUAGCUAGACUGCCUAGCUUAAAUUAGUUCGACCACUCUUGUGUGUGCUGAGUGGCCAGUGUGAAAAUCUGUUAAUUUCCCUCACGACUUAUGACAUAAUUUACUUCUAAUGUCUAGUUAAAAUAAUUUGCUUUUGUUUAAUAUAUAGCCUAUGGCAUAUAUAUGUUGGAGUUGA